CAUUCAUCAUUCAAGAAGGGAGCAGUCCAGACAACAUGAAAGAGCAAAUGAAGAAAAUGGCAGAGACGAGUGGCCAGAAAGGCCAGGGCGAAGGAGCCCUCCUCGGUAGAGCGAACGCAGAACGAGAGGAGGCGAGGCAAGACCAGAAGACAAGAGGGGAACCUCUCCACGUCACAUACACCAUCCACGAAGAAGACAUGUACCGUGAGACAAACCCCGAGACUGAGGAAGACGACUUCCCCGACGGUUACAUAGAGUGCAUCAUUAGAGGUGAGUUUUCUGAACCUAUUUUGGAAGAGGAUUUACUUUUUAAAGCCUUCGAAAACCUAGAGGAAGCCGAACAAGACCUUUCUCGCCAUAUCCUCGAAGCAAGUUCGCUUCUUGAAAGUUCUUUGGAAUACGUGACGAAGGGGGAAAAACAAGAAGAAAGCGAGGCCAAGCAAGAGCAGCCUCAACAGAAGGUUGGAGCCAACUCAGCACUGGGAUGUACCACGUACACGACUAACCCGGAGCUCCCUGUUGAAAAAAUAUCGGAAGCUGAUUUAUCAGAUCAUAAGCAGCUUGCGGGAUUUACUGGGGAGGAGCCGAAGGGUGGUGAAUACUGUGGUCCCUUAUUGAUUGAGUGCCCUCAGACUGGUUGCAAGAAAAAGCUGAAGAAUAAGACUGCCCUGAGGAAGCACCUGCUGAUUCACGGUCCCCGACAGCACGCGUGUGCCGAGUGCGGGAAAGCUUUUACAGAGGGCUCGAAACUAAAGCGACACCUUCUGGUUCAUAGUGGAGAGAGGCCAUUUCAGUGCACCUUCGAAGGGUGCGGGAAGCGCUUCUCGCUGGACUUCAACUUGCGCACCCAUAUCCGCAUCCACACUGGUGAGAAGCCCUUCGUGUGCCCCUUUGACGGCUGCCAGAGGAGCUUUAUUCAGUCAAACAACCUGAAACUUCACACCCUCACCCAUGCAAAGGCAGGGAAGAGUGCUGAAACCAAGACAGACGCUCCUUAGGCUGGGUCGUCUUAACGGAUGAGUCAAUGGGGGGUAUAUGUCCGCUUUGGAUUAUUGUUUGUAGGGAGUGAUGGCUAAGAUAAAUUUGCCACUUAGAAAGCAUACUUUGGUUUCUAUGCUUCAUUAUACCAUUUUAAGAACAUUUUUAUAUUCCAUGGUGUAGUUCUAACAGAAAAGUCAAUGAUGAAGUCACUUCAAAAAGCAUAAUCUUUAAUAUGUGCUGCAUUAUUGAAUGUGAUGAGGGUUUUUUGCAUACUUCAUAGGAAAUCACUGAUUUUUUUAAUUAUGCAGUUUCUAAUUGCCUAUCAUUUUCCUUUAAAAAUGUAGUUCAUGAUAGAUGUGAUAAUCCCAAAGAAUGGAAAACUUGGCAGUAUUGAACAAAUGAAUGAAUACUUACAUGUUUUUAAAUUAAAUAUUUUUUUGAUUUUCAUUUCCUUCAUUGUAUCAAACUAUUAAUG